AUGCUGAGACACGAGCAGCAGCACCAAAAGCAGCGGCAGCAGCACGAGCGGGAGCAGCUCACGCAGCAGCAUGAGCAGCGGUUGUUGCAGCAGCUGGAGCAGCUGCAGCAUCAACAAGCGGCGGAUGCGGCGGCGGCGGUGGCCGCUCCAAAGCCCCUGCGGUUGUCGUGGGCUGGCAGUGGCGUGUACUUCUGGUGGCAGCUCGGCGCCAUGCAGCACCUGGCGCAGCGCUAUGACCUCACGCGCGUCCCCAUGGUCGGUGCCAGCGGCGGCGCGCUCUGCGCCGUCCUCGCGCGCUGCGGCGUGGACCCGCAGCUGAUUUCUGAGUCGGCCUACAAGCUGGCGGUGGAGCACAAGAUCUGGGACAAGCCCAUGGGGCUGGCCGGCAGCUGGGGGGGCAUUAUCGAGCAGUGGCUGCACGACAUGCUGCCCGCGGACGCGGCGGAGCGCUGCAGGGGGGAGCUGGGCGUCGUCGUGACGGAGGUGCCGGCGUGGCGCCAGCUGGCGAUCACAGACUUCCGGGACAAGGAGGACCUGAUCAACUGCGUCAUGGCCAGCGCCCACGUGCCGAUGCUGCUGGACAAGCAGCUGACGCGCGGCUGCCGCGGCGCGCAGUACGUGGACGGCUCCUUCCCGGACUUCUUCACCGGGGAGAACUGCGACCACCUGCAGUGCGGUGGUGACGCGAUUGUGUUCGACUACUUUGAGGACUCCAGGAUCAUCCGCCAGGGCCGCAUGGACAUGCUGUCCCUCAAGAGAUACAGCGAGCUCAAGCGCAUCGUGCUGCUGGGCGCGCGCUACGCCGCGCGGCUGGAGGCGGAGGGGGCGUUCGACCGGUUCCACCUGGAGCCCGUGCGCAAGGCAGGCCUCAAGUGCCGGUGA